AUGCAAGUCAUUUGGAAAUACUUCCUCACUAUCCGCACUUUGGGUUUUACAAAGAAAAGAGCUGGAACUGAAGACAACAGGACCAUCAGUCUUCUGCCCAUUCUGCCCAGCUCCGUGGGGCACUCUCAAAGCUCCCUCACAACUGUUGGAGUUCUAACAAUUAACAAUGACACGAAACGGCUUUGGACAGGAGGCAUGGCAGACCAUCUGAUGAUGCCCAUGAAUCACAACUCAGCAGGUGGCGGUCUCCACGGUUACAGGAUGGGCAUGCAGGCGGGUCAUCAGCAGCAUGCUAACCAGCAGGGCAUGCGGCCCAUGCCCAAUGGCCAGAUGAUGCACUACGGAGGUGGGCAGGCCAACAUGGAGAGCGCCAUGAGGCAGCGGCAGGCCAUGGGUGCACCCAUGAACGGACAGAUGAACGGAGCGCAGAUGGGCCACCACCAGAUGACCUCUGGAAACAUGAUGUACAACGGGCAGCCUCAUCCAGGACAGCAGCACCACAUGCACCCGCAGCAGCACCCAGGCCAGCACCCUCAGCAGCACCCAGGCCAGCACCCGCCGCAGUCGCAGCACCCGCCGCAGUCGCAACACCCGCCGCAGUCGCAGCACCCGCCACAGCACUCGCAGCAGCAGCAGCAGUUUAUGAACGGAGGACUCACGUCUCAGCAGCUUAUGGCCAGCAUGCAGCUGCAGAAACUCAAUACGCAGUACCACGGACACCCCCUCGGACCUAUGACUGGGGCCCACAUGGGCCCUGCUCAGUACCGCAUGAACCCAGCCCAGUUGGCGAACAUGCAGCACAUGGCGGGACCAGCACUGGCGCUCAAUGGUAUGGACGCAGAUAUGAUCGACGAGGAGGUUCUGACCUCACUGGUCAUGGAGUUAGGCUUAGACCGGGUGCAGGAGCUACCAGAACUGUUCCUGGGACAGAACGAGUUUGACUUUAUUUCAGACUUUGUCAACAAACAGCAGCCCAGUACUGUCAGCUGUUGA